AUGCCUCUACCGUCCAUUGGACACAUCUUGCUUGCGCCGCAGCAGAAGAGGAGGGACAGCUUCACCAGCGUCGUGGACAUGGACCUCAAUACCUUGCUAAAUACUAACCGAGCCGCCGCAGGCGUCGUCAACCGAAACAUGCAAUACGAAGUACCUCUCCCCAUCAACAUGAACCACGACAUGUCGAACACGGGCCACUACGCGCAGCAGAACCUCUACGUACCCAACACCAACAGCAGGAUAAAAUCCGAGACUGGUUCUGAGCGCGGCGUCUCCCCCCAUACCUCCGACCACUCAUCACGGUAUUCCUCUCAGACCCCACAGAACAGCGGCGUCGCCUAUCAACACAUUGCGGCGCAGCUACAGAACAGCAUGCGGUACCCCUCGCCAUCCCAAAUGCCCCAGCAGAAUGGUAUCUCCCUACUGCAGCAUUCAUACCACCCCAACACGACACAAGAGCAGACGUACCAGCAACAACCGGCGUCAAUGGGCGCUGUACAGUCCGUUCAACAGACUCAGCCAGAUCAGACACCGACAGAAGGCGGCCGGACAAGCACGGGCAGCAGUGGUCUCCCGAAAGCUUUCGCGUGCUCGACCUGCCAGAAGGGCUUCGCUAGGCGUAGUGACCUCGCUCGACAUGGUGCGACAGACCCUCUGUUUCAAAACUUUCCAGAUAAAUUGCUGACUGUUUACGGCAGAGCGAAUUCACUCUGGCGUCCGGCCACACGUAUGCGACCACCCUGGAUGCGGGAAGCAGUUCAUCCAGCGCUCCGCACUCACCGUCCACUCACGAGUGCAUACCGGCGAGAAGCCUCACAUGUGUGAGCGUUGCGGGAAGGUCAGUGAUAUGGGUCAGGGUUCUCCAUGGAACAUGCUAACACACCCGUAGCCCUUCUCGGACAGCAGCUCGCUAGCCCGCCAUCGUCGCAUCCACUCUGGAAAGCGCCCGUACAAGUGCCCGUACGCCGAUUGCCAGAAGACGUUCACCCGUCGUACUACCCUCACCCGCCAUCAAAACCACCACACAGGUACCAUUGAGGAGUCGGAAGCAGCCACGGCUGCUGCUCUUGCUUCGCGAGUGUCAAUGCAGAACGCACGGUCUCGCGGCUCGGAUGAAGAGAACGACUUCUCCGGAGACGGUAAGUCUCCGAUGCCUCCACAAUCCGAUCGGCCUGCUUCUUUGUCGCCGGCAGCUGGUAUGAAUGGAGUGGCGCAACUCCAGAGACAGUCAUCCGACUACUACAUGAAUGCCAUGAAUGGUGGUAUGGCUGUUCCCGCACACAUGCGUCCCGAGAUGCAAUCGACUUCGCGCGCUCAGUCUCCCCAACAAUAUCCCAUGCCGGUCAGCACUCAGCAACAGCGUCCUCAACUCACCUCCAACCCAUCCUCUGGUGGUUACAAUCCUCCUCAGAUCCUUGAGCCGCCGACGGCCAACGGUCAGCAGACGAGUGCCAGCGGCAAUAACAGCCCACACAUGAACGCCCAAGUGGGUGGAUGGCAAUCUCCGCACAACGGCAUGACCACGGGACAGGCGACCGACUACAGCUAUCCGGAUGGCUACACCCAGGUCAACGCUGCGCAGAUGUACUACCAGCCACGACCCCAUAGCACCGCACCCAUGGACUACCGCCAAAUGCCCCAACAGGAGAUGUGGACCGCUCAGCAUCAGCAGUAG